AUGAUUCUGAAAGUAUUUUCUGUCUGCCUGUCUCUCUCUCUCUCUCAAACAUACACAAUCUAUCUAUCUAUCUAUCUAUCUGAUACCCAUAUUCUUACCCAGAAAUCAAUACGUCUGAAAAUCUUUCGCGCUCUCUCACCCUCUCUCUCUCUCUCUCUGUCUCUCUUCUUCAGUUUCCUUCUCUAUCAAAUACACUCACAUCGUUCACAUAUUUAUUUUUUAUCUCUAUCUAUCUAUCUAUCUAUCUAUCUAUCUAUCUAUCUAUCUAGUUAUUCAUAUGGAAAGACUGAUAAAAGUGGACUUGAGAAAAAUAAUUUAAUCUAUCUAUCUAUCUAUCUAUCUAUCUAUCUAUCUAUCUAUCUCUCUCUCUCUAUAUAUAUAUAUAGAGAGAGAGAGGGGGCUCCAUCUGCUUGUGUGACCUCUCUGUCCGCUUCCCGUAACCUUCUCUUCCGUUUCACCCGCCUGUAUGCUUCCUUUCUCAUCAAUGACACAGAUGCUCCUGUGUCCACCAGAGCUCUCAUCGCCCUACCCCCUAUCUCCGCUCUACAGGAUAGUUCUUUCUCUUGCCUUCUCUUCAGGUGUCCUGGCCUCCUGCAAAACCAGCACCUUCUUGUCGGACAGUUCGCCGCAAAGUGGCCCGCCCGACCACAUGUCCAACAUUUUGCUCUUUUCCUUUUCAACUGGGCUAACCUCCCGUCUACUCCGGGGGGUACCCGUCCUCUACCCAAGCGCUUCUUCUUUUUAACUGGGCCACCCUCCCUCUUAAUUCCGGGGUGGCCCGCUGGCUUUUCUCGGGCUCAGCCUUGUUUGUUAAUAUCGGUGGGGCCCCUUUCCUCCGCCCGCACCACUUGGCCAGGUGUCCUUUCUUACCACACCUGGUGCACCUGUCACGAUCGAAGUCUGGGGGCAACCCCCACUUCGUCGUACACACCGCCGCCCUGUGGCCCCCAUGCCCACAGGUCCAGCAGACCAGCCCUUAUCUGCCCGGCGUGGGCUUAUAAAAGCCAUGCCUGGUCGACCAUGCCCUUCUAUUGGGGUCUUCUUCCCAUACUUCAGCCUGAUCUACUUCUAAUUUAA